AUGCUAGGCAUUCAACAGCUUCGCAACUUAAGUUCUGCUCAUAACCAUCAUCAUCAUCAUCAUCAGCAGCAGCAGCAUUGUCCUACUAACCAAGAAGUCCUCACUCCUCUUCAAAUAAUGGCACCAAUACAAGGUGCUGCUGAUUCCGAGCUAGGAGUAAGAAUAAGAACAUACAAUGGCCUUCAACAACAAUGGUGGCCUACAACAGCAACGGCAAUAAUUCAAAAUCAACAAGCUCCCCACACAUCAUCAUCAGUGGCCAGCACUCAAGCAGCACAAACUACCAUAAUGAUGCCGACAAUAGCAAUGAAUCAUCAUGCUUCCUCGUCCAUUCACCCAGCAGUGGCACCUCCUCAAAGGAUACGGCCUCCCGCCACAUUCUCGAACUCUAUCCUACCUAUCCCACCUGCUCGCUCCUACUACACUGCUAGAAAUAAGCCUCCUCCUGCUGCUGCUGCUUCCAUCAUUACUCGUUCGACGGCGGCGAUGAAUCAGGAUCAGAAUCAUCAGAAUCAUCAUCAUCUCCUCCACAGUGCUGGUCUUCUGCCAUCAUCAAGAAUACCACAUCAGAAGCCUCCUUCCAUCUUGGAUGGCAAGAUACCAGACAUUUCUGCACGUAUUGCUGGUAGCAGAAGUAGUAGUAAAGCCUGCUGCUACGGCUACAACAGGAACAACAAGUCGAAUGGGGGGGACGACGAUGGUGAAACAACAACAAAGUCUAGUGGUACUACUGCUACUAGUACUAGUACUAGUCCACAGGAAGCAGACCAGGAAGAAGAAGAAGAACCAGAAGCAAAGGCGAGCAGCUCUCAUCGUCGUGAAUACAUUGACAAGAUCCAUAUGCUAGAUGUACUUUGUGGUCGCGGAGGGAGAUCGAAUCGUCAUCCGGGGAAUCAAUACUAUCGUCGACUCAUUGCACAGAUGAAGGACAAGUACCGAGUCAUGAGUUGCAACGAUUCCAAGAAGGAUCUAAGCAUGGAAAUUGUGCAAAAGAUCCAGGAAUCUGGGGGAAGAUUCGUCAAAUUUGAUCAAGGGAAUGGCAAGUUUUACGUUCUUACUCUUCGUGAAGCAAGAAAGAAAACGAGCCAAGCGUUGCGGGAAAUCAGGUCUCCCAUUUGGACGUAG